AUGGGUGCAUUCGACCAACACACGCACAAACAGAGAAAGAAGGAACGGCCGGGGCAUCGCCGUCCCGUUAAGGAGAAAAGCAGCAACUGCGGCAAACCGCACGGCGCACGCCCAACAAGGCACGCGGCGAGAGGGACGGGGCAGGCCUACAGCCCGCCGCACAGCCUGCCGCUGCUCUGCCGCAGCGGAGAACAAAAAAAAGAGCCGUCGUUGUCGCAAACUAAAGUUGCCUCUAGCGGGAAGGAGGAGGAGGAAAUGGGGACGUGUCAGCGGCACGGCCAGCUGCGGGGGGAUCAAACAAGACGCGGAGACACGCAGCAACAGCGGCGGGCACGGCGCACAAACUCAGCGUGA